GCUGGGCUCGGCGGCAGCCUGCGCUCGGUUCCUCCGUUGCCCUUGAAGCCCCGGCCCGGUCCCCAUGGCUGCGCUGGCGGCCCUUGUGCGCGGCGCCGUCCGCGGGCGCGGCUCCCUGCAGCGGAGGCUGAUGCAGGAAAUAAAAUAUCUGGAACGAAGUUAUGUCUCAAAACCUACUUUGAAUGAAGUGGUUAUAGUAAGUGCUACGAGAACACCCAUUGGGUCUUUUCUAGGCAGCUUUGCCUCACUACCAGCCACUAAACUUGGUUCUAUUGCAAUUCAAGGAGCCAUUGAAAAGGCAGGGAUUGCAAAAGAAGAAGUGAAAGAAGUGUACAUGGGUAACGUUCUACAAGGAGGCGAAGGGCAAGCUCCCACGAGACAAGCAGUUCUGGGUGCAGGCUUACCUGUUUCUACUCCGUGCACCACCGUAAACAAGGUUUGUGCUUCAGGAAUGAAAGCUAUAAUGAUGGCCUCUCAAAAUCUUAUGUGUGGACAUCAGGAUGUGAUGGUGGCAGGUGGGAUGGAGAGCAUGUCCAAUGUCCCGUAUGUAAUGAACAGAGGAGCAACACCCUAUGGUGGGGUAAAACUCGAAGAUCUGAUUGUAAAAGAUGGGCUAACCGAUGUCUACAAUAAAAUUCACAUGGGUAAUUGUGCGGAGAAUACUGCAAAGAAGCUGAAUAUUGCGCGAGAACAACAGGAUGCCUACGCCAUCAACUCUUACACCAGGAGUAAAGCUGCAUGGGAAGCUGGAAGGUUCAUAAAUGAAGUGACUCCUGUCACAGUCACAGUAAAAGGUAAACCAGAUGUGGUGGUGAAAGAAGAUGAAGAGUACAAACGUGUUGAUUUUAGUAAAGUUCCAAAGCUGAAGACAGUGUUCCAGAAAGAAAAUGGCACAGUCACAGCUGCCAACGCAAGCACACUGAACGAUGGAGCAGCCGCUGUGGUUCUGAUGACUGCAGGUGCAGCCAAAAGGCUCAACGUUAAGCCACUGGCGCGAAUUGCAGCAUUUGCUGAUGCUGCUGUAGACCCUAUUGAUUUUCCAGUUGCGCCUGCAUAUGCUGUACCUAAGGUUCUUAAAGAUGCAGGAUUGAAAAAAGAAGACAUUGCCAUGUGGGAAGUCAACGAAGCCUUUAGUGUGGUUGUGCUUGCCAACAUUAAAAUGCUAGAGGUUGAUCCUCAGAAAGUGAAUAUCAAUGGAGGAGCUGUUUCUCUGGGGCAUCCGAUUGGGAUGUCUGGAGCACGGAUUGUCGUUCAUUUGGCUCACGCCCUGAAGCAAGGAGAAUAUGGCCUCGCCAGCAUCUGCAAUGGAGGAGGCGGUGCCUCGGCCAUACUGAUUCAGAAGCUGUAGGCUGCGUCUGUUGUUUAAGGACAUGACCCCAUGUGACCAGAAACUCUGCUGAAACAAAUGUGACUCCUGUCAGCCACCUUAUAUUCAAAAUAAAUGAUUUCAUUUUUAUUAUUUUCUAUUUAAGCUUUUUUUUAAAUAACAUACAAUGAUCACAUUCAAAAAUGUUUUGAAAUUACAAAUAAAUUUUUCCUUUGCUUUGA